UAUCUUGUAUUUCUAGCAUCUUUUUCUUUGGUAGCAGUUGAAUUUGCGCUGACUUGACUGACGUGCUUGCUGAAAAAGAAAAGCUAGGCUAGGCCUACUUGUUUACUUGUGGUAGUCCCUCGAAUUGAAGUCUUUUGUAGAAGGGCUAUCUGACUUGAGGAAUUGAGGAUAAUUGAUUGAUUCAUUUGUUUUUUAUUUUAGGCAAAUUACUGGUUCUUUCACUUUGAUAUGGGAGUGGAGGUUGAAACUUUGAAAGCAGGUGAUGGCUCCAACUUUCCCAAGAAAGGUCAGAUGGUAGUAGUUCACUACACAGGAAAAUUCAAGGAUGGAACAAAGUUUGACUCAUCUCGUGAUCGUGGCAAGCCCUUUAAAUUUUCCUUAGGAGCAGGUGAAGUGAUACGAGGAUGGGAUGAAGGUGUCGCACAGAUGAGUUUAGGACAGAGAGCUAUUCUGACAUGUCCCCCUGAGUAUGCAUAUGGGGCCAAAGGACAUCCAGGCGUUAUUCCACCAAAUUCAACCUUAUUCUUUGAUGUGGAACUUAUUGGAUUUGACUAAAAUAUACUUGUCUACUUGCUGCACAGUCUCUCCAAGUUUUUUUUUUUUUUUUUAUUAAUAUUAAUAUUAAUCUCUGAAUUCAUUCUCAUCCAAUGGAACAUUAGUGAAUAACGAUGAGACAAUAUUAAUAAUAUUAUUAAUAAUAUCUGAAUUUUCUCAUCCAAUGGAACAUUAGUGAAGAUGAGACAUCAUAUUAAUACUAUGUUAGAAAGGUUUUGCAUGCGAACAAAAUAAUGCGUGUAUGCAUACGUUUAGCUACCCGUAACGGCUUGUAGAAUUUCUGGGUUAGCUUAGGGCCUACAGUAGCUAGGCCUAGGCCUAUACUCCAUCUUCUUCUCUCAUCAUGCUUCUCAAAGUGUUAGUAUGUAAGGUUUUCAAAAUUGAAAUUGGUAUACUAAAUAAUACUCCUUCUUUGUUGUCCAGAAUAUUUGGUUAUUUGUGAUAGGCCGCCCUUUUUAUGACCCAAAAAUUCUUGGCUACAAGCUAGGCCUAGGAGUACAUGAAAAUCCCAACACCACCAAGGUCCAAGCACUGACAUUUUGAUACUUCAAAAUGAGACGCAUCCUAUCAUAAUUUACGGUCUUCAAAUGUCAAAAAUUGGCAUGAAGUAUUCAAAGAUAAAUUUAUUCUUUACACUUAACUAUAAAAAAAUUUGAGAAAAAAAAAACCAAAGAUCCUGCUAGAAAUCCAAAAUUUUCCUACGCGUUUUUCAUUUACGUGUGAGCAAGGUAUACAUGUCGUCCGCACACUUAGUGGAUAGCAACUGGCGUGUGAUGUCAUAAAUGAUGACGCAUCCAUCACACUGACCGUAUGGGUUCGAAUGCGAAACCUCCCUAUAAAUAAUAAUGUAUUGAUAUUAAUAUCAAUACCAAUACCAAUACUGAUAUCUGAAUAGUCUCAAUGGAACAGUAGUAAAUAUAGGAUGAGACAACAAUGGAGCACCAGCUAUUUCAGUUUCAAGGCUACUUAUCAGCUGGGUAUUGUGGUAGAAAUUUUAUAACCUUUUGGACCGCUUUGGAUAAUACGUUCAUGCAUCCAUACUCAAAUGCUGAAAUACUAAAAAUGAUAUGUUGAUGGUACCCUCCUGUUCAUUCCUAAAUUAGUCGCAGCCAUGCAAUUUCUGGACUUGCUUAAUUAUAUUCACCCUGCCAUAACUUUCACGAUGUAAAAUGCUGUGAACAAUUCAAUUCCUUUUCUAGGAAUGCAAAUCACAAAUUUAUUAAUGAAAUUGCGGCAGACAAUAUAUACUUAUAGAAAACCAACAGACACAUGUGGCCUAUUACUACACUACGAAAGUCAUGUAGACAACAAGUAAAAGAAAUCACUGUCAUCAAGUCGUUAAAUUUUUAAAGAAAUGCUAAGCUAAGCUCUUUGUCUAUGAGAGGGAUUAAUUAUCCCUGCACUGCUUUCAACUUUAACCUUUUAGCUUUAUUGGCUAGACAGUGAUUUAACUUUGUGUCUCACUUGAACCUGAGAAUUCAUUCGAGUCAAAACGUUGUGAGUGUAAAAUGUAGCAAUGUAUUUGUGUAAUUUUGUGUCAAAUAAUCCUCAUUUAACCUUGUUGAAAUAGUUGGUUACAAUAAUCUAAUGGCAUGAUCAAGUGGAAGUGAAUGAUAGCAAAAUUUAGCCUAAUUUUAAUGUUCUAUUGAUCAGCCUCCCAGAAAGGGUAUAGAUGUCAAUUUAGGGUUUCUUAAAAAAUGUAAAAGCUAAAACAUUUGAUUGAAAAAUGAUGCAGGAUUAUAGCUUUAUUUUCGCCACAUAUUCAAGAUCUAAUAUCGAAAAAAAAGUAUAUUACAAUUUAUUCUAAUUUUCUUCAACCAGCAUGUUUUUUGUGAAUUUUUAGUUUACCCAGUACAACGUGAGUAGUGUUGUGCAUUCAGAAUUGAUAACAUAGUUGAUAUUUUAUUUUUAUGUUUAUAUUAAAAAGUAAGUCUGAGGAAGACAGAUUGUCCAGAUUUAAAACCAGGAAAAAUGAUUUUUAUUAGAGUUUAACUUUGUUAAUGCAGACAAUUAAGACAGAUACUGUACAUUCUGUACCAGUUCCAUAAACCCAAGCUCUUGCUUUUGGUCUCCUACUAGAUCCAGUUCCAUAAACCCAAGCUCUUGCUUUUGGUCUCAAAUUCUUCUUAGUAUAAUAAAUCCUGUGAUGGGAAAUUUUUAGAUUUUAAAGGUGGACAAGCACCUAGGUCCAAAUUUUGACUGUAUCAUGUUGUAUUGUUGAUCGACAAUAAAUAUUUCUUGAUUCCUUGA